CCCUCACAAAGCCCGACGUCGCGCGUGUCACAGAGGAGACCCGCACGUUCCUCCCGCGCUCCACGGCGAUGAGGGAGUCCAGAGGCCCGACGCACCUCCAGCUCCUGAAGAAACGGCCCCUGCGCGCAGCGUUCGGUUGAGAAGGAGAGAGCGCGGCGGGAGAGGGGCGCGCGCAUGUUACUCUGCGGGCUCCAUUUCCUCGGUGCUGCAGAGCCGGAGCUGGAUGACAUGAUGCUGCAGAGUCCGCUCACCUCCACGCCGUUUUCUGUCAAGGAUAUCCUCAAGCUGGAGCAGCAGCAGCAGCAGCAGCAGCAGGCCGGGUCCCUGGAGCUCCACGGAGCCCUCACCCAGCACCACAUGACGGGGUCUCCUCCCCAGCAGCAGCUGCGGCGGCAUUUCCAAACCCCGGCGUCCUGCAUGCUGGCCGGCUCCCGCGAUAGCCCCCCCUUCUCGGACGCGGAGGACAACCUGGCCUACCUCAGCGCGCUGGCGGCGCGGGACGAGGACCGAGGGGAGACCAGCCUGUCCCCGGACCUUUACGUGCACCCGGGCCUGCAGGGGGCCAAGCUGGAGGAGCCGGAGAGCAAGAUCUGUGCCAGAGUGUCCCGCGCGGAGCCCUCGCAGGGCGGCCCCGACGACUCGGAGCGACCGCCGCCGAAGCAGAGGAGCCGGCGGCGGCCCCGCGUGCUCUUCUCCCAGGCGCAGGUCUUCGAGCUGGAGCGGCGCUUCAAGCAGCAGCGCUACCUGUCCGCGCCCGAGCGCGAGCACCUGGCGACCACCCUCAAGCUCACCUCCAACCAGGUGAAGAUCUGGUUCCAGAACCGCCGCUACAAGUGCAAGCGGCAGCGGCAGGACAAGUCGCUGGAGGGGGUCGGGCCGCAGCAGCAGCAGCAGCAGCACCACCCUCCGCCGCCCCGGCGCGUCGCGGUGCCGGUGCUGGUGCGCGACGGGAAGCCGUGUCUGGGCGGGACGCAGAGCUACGCCGCCGCCGGCGCUCCGUACGGAUCCAACCCGUACGGUUACAACGGGUACCCGGCGUACACGUACAACAGCCCCGCGUACAACACCAACUACAGCUGCACGUACACCAGCAUCCCCGCCCUCCCCCCGUCCGGCGCCUCCAACGCCUUCAUGAACAUGAACUUGGGCAACGUGGGCGGCCUCGGCGGCUCCGCGCAGGGCCCCACGCACCAGGGCACCGCGGUCACGUCGUGCCAGGGCUCGCUGCAGGGGAUCCGGGCCUGGUAGCUUCACCGGAACCGGUGUCUUUCUCUUGUUUCCCUUUUUCUACGGAGCUCUUAUAUUUUUGGUGAAAACACAAGUAUUGUUCAUAUAAAGGAUGCGAGUUGGGAUUCACCUGAAAUCUCACUCCCAUUUUUGGCUGCUUGAACUGUAACAAAGCCGAGACUGCAGAGCACAAAGUCCGGGGGUCACACGUGACCAUUUGGAGGGGGGGGGGGACAUUUCAUUUUGUGGUCGCACAAUAAUUGGUGCUCCAGCUUGGCACUGAGAGGACUGAAAUGCACCGCAUUUCUUCUUAUUUGAACUAUAAAAAAAGAUUAUUGGUUUUUUUUUAUGAAAGGAAAUGUUUUUUAAUACUCUUUAGACUUUGGAGGAAUUGAAUUGCUGUGUUUGUUUUUUUUUGUUCGACAGAUAAUUGUUUUAGUCUAUUUCACAUCUAUUCAAAUAAAUCAGAGAAAUG